AUGCGCAUAUUAACAUCAUUGCGGCCGUUGGCGACUCAUGCUCAUGCACACGCUCGUGCACUGAGGUCCGUGGAUGGCAUGCAGCAGCCUGGAUGGUUCAACCGUAUGCUGCUUACUAACGAGUACAACCUGCCGCGCCUGCCGGUGCCACAGCUUGAGGAGACGGUGCAGCGCUAUCUGGAGAGUGUUCUGCCACUGGUAAACACUAGGGACUGGGAGGAGCAUGCUGGCCUCGCCAAGGCGUUUCAAAACGCUGAGGGCCGCCAGUUGCAAGAGCUUCUGCUCAAGCGUGAGCUUAAGCAGGCCAUGGGCCGGGCCUACCCCUUUAGUUACAUUGAAGAGGACUGGGACAAGAUGUACCUCGGAGGACGCUACCAAAGCCCAAUCAACGUGAAUCCGUCAUACGGUCUGCUCGAUGAGACGGAUGGUAAUCUUGACGGUAUGCUGCCUCGGAGCGCCGCCUUUGUACGCUCCAUGGUUAAGUGGUGGACUAAGGUAAAGAAUAGCGAGUUGGAGCAGGACAAGAAUCAGUGCAUGGCCGGCUUUGCCCGCCAGUUUGGUACGGCUAAAGUUCCCAAGAAGGGGAUGGAUGUACUAAUAUCACAUCCGCGAGCGACACAUAUCGCGGUCAUGAAAAGGAAUCAGUUUUUUAAAUUGAACGUACUUAGUCCUGACGGCAAACAGCUGCUGUCUCAAAGGCAGCUAGAGGAGCAACUGGAUUUCAUCUUGAAUUCGACGUCCAAGGGCAAUCACGAUGACUUGGAUCUGUCCACACUCACGGCUGAAGAGCGUGACACGUGGGCACAGGUCCGCGAUGAUCUGGUUGCACACAACCCCGUAAAUGCCGAGACACUUGAGGUGAUUGAUUCCGCAUUGUUCAUACUGGUGCUAGAGGAUCGAAACCCUACCGAUAUGAAGCAGCGCAUGAAUCUCUCGCUGCACGGUCUGGGUUCUAAACGCUGGUUUGACAAGCUGCAGGUGAUGGUGCAGCCAGACGGCCACUUGACUGUCAACUUUGAGCAUUCGUUCUCUGACGGUACAACCUGGAACCGGUGGUUGCAUGAAUGCUGGCACGACAUGCGUGAUUCUGACUCCGGUUUCGCACCACUCGAGGAGAUGCCGGAGUACGUUGGUGCCUCCAAGCCAGAACAGCUUUCCUGGAAGCUUUCAAACAACUUGGUGGAAAAUGUCAAGAAGGCAGAGCACCACUUUGUGAACUUCUCGGGUAAUCUAAACUCGGAAUACUUGGUGUAUGAAAAUUUUGCCAAAAGGAACUGCAAGCAGUGGAAGCUUAGCCCGGAUGGUAUUGCUCAAAUGGCACUUCAACUAGCAUUUUACCGCGCACACGGCAAGAUUGCUCCCACGUACGAGUCGUGUUCUACGCGCAUUUUCCACCAUGGACGCACGGAAACAAUUCGCUCAGCAACUCCUGCUGCUGAAGCUUUCGUCAAAGCUGUGGAAACCGGUGCUGCGACUGACACUCAGCGCACACUGCUGGCGACAGCAGUAAGUCGUCACGUAGAGAUGGCUAAGAUGGCGCAGAGAGGAUUGGGCGUGGAUCGUCACCUGACUGCGUUAAAUUCCAUUGCUAGCCAGAAUGACAUCAUCAGUGACUUUUUGGCUAGCCCUGUGCGUGCCGAAAGUACGAACUUCUUGAUAUCCUCAAGCAAUGUGACCACACCAUUCCUGCAAUACUUUUCGUUCGGCGCUGUGGUGCCCCAUGGCUAUGGCGUGGGCUAUUUGCUUCAUAACAAAAGCAUUAAUGUCAGCCUCACACACUACAAGGAUAGUGGUAUCUCCGAUGGCAAGAAGUUUAAGAAGGCGCUGGAAGGGUCUCUCGACACCAUUAAGGCUCUUGCUGACAGCCCAGCUCCGUAA